UGUUGUGAGAAGCAGAAGUGAGUGGGUGCAUGUUGUUACGGCCGGAUUUGAGUGGAUUAUUACUUUACUUUGAGUGGCUCGUGGUGUGUCGGGUUUCGUGUGAUAAUGGUGUGACGUGAACGCAGUGGCGUAGUGCUGGCAUGGGCGUCACUCCAGGAGAGGACGCGUACAGCAUCCCGUUCUUGGCGCGAUUGCUGCACUCGCUACCUCAUCUCAAUGUUACAUUCCAUCAAGUUAAUAACUCCUUCGACCCCCAUUCGCCAGUCUAUUUAGAGAGUUUGGGCAUUUUGGGCUCCCUCCCGGCCGCCUGGCUCAUCCUCACCCUCUUAGUCCUCCUCAUCUACCUCCUCACACGAUGCUGCGAUCGCAAACCUCGUCCCUCCCGCUCCAUUUCCGCUCUGAAAGUCUCCCUCGCCAUCGUCUCGGUCCUCUGUUGCGCCGCCAUCGGUCUCGGUCUCUACGGCAACGACGACCUCCACAACGGCGUCGUCCGCCUCCUCGAAGAAGGCCGCCAAGUCGACAUUCUCGUUGCGAAAAUUCGCAACCAAACCGAAGCCAUCGAACGCCAACUUCGUGUCCAAGUCGAAGCCCAAUUAGUCAACAUGCGUGACAUCUUCGACGAGCCGGUGAGCAACAUGAGUAUGUUCAAGCCGGCCUUGAACUAUUUGGAAAAAACAAUGGGGAAUAACACAAUGGCGGCCAACGCCGCCCAAGAUAUACGACAACCGUUACUAGGGAUGAAUCUCAUGCCAAAGAUCGUAGUUGGCGAGAAGGUGGAAGCGAUCAGGUGGCCGUUGACCAUGGCCGUCUUGAGCGUUUUACUCAUUUUGUGUGUGAUAUUAUUGGUGGGGGUGGCCCGUCAUAGUCGCUGUGCUCUCAUAGCCUUCUCUGUGUGCGGUUUGUUGGCGGUGAUAGCGUCAUAUUUAAUGGCGAGUGUCUAUCUCGCCUCUAGCGUAGCCUUAGGUGACUUAUGUAUAGCCCCCGAUAAGUUUGUCGAAGAGCAAGCCUCGACUGAACUCUCCAAAGACAUCUUGCGUUAUUAUACGAGUUGUGAAAGGGCAAGGGCUAAUCCUUUUACGCAGAGAUUGCGCGAGGCCAAAACGGCCAUUGAGAAUAUGCGCUCGAAUUUGAAUAGUUUGAGACAACCGGCGUUGAAUCUCUUCCCGAAGAAGCAAUUAGAUACGAAAUUUUCGUCGUUGAAGAAUGAAGUCAAUUCGGCCGAUACGUCAGUGACGAUUUUAACAACGUCAGUGGAUUGUAGGGCGUUACAUGCGCAUUAUUUGAGAGGGGCGAAGGCGUUGUGUAAUGUGGGGCUGUUGGGGCUCACGAUGAUGCUGGUGUCGGCGGUUUUGGCGGGAUUGCUGUUGACGGCGCUUGUGUGGGUGGAUUCGCACACGUGGAUCUACAUAAGAAAGAGGAAAGACUACCAUCAAGUGAACGAGAACGACCCGUACUUACCUCCACCUCAGGCCAGUCAAGCAAUCGCCGCAAGGACUCUCCAACGGAGCCAAGGGUCGUCUUACCCCCCUGAUACUCCUCCACCUAGCUACACGUCCGCCUUGAUGCAUAAUCGGACGCAUGCCUCAGCCCCUUUCCCGCAUGAAGCCGAUUCGUUACUAGAUGGGUGUGACAUGCGUCCACCGGAGCACCACCGAGGGGCCCAUAUGUCUCAUCUCCGAGGUCACACCCUCGGCCGUCUCCCAUCCCACCACCACGAACCCGCUCUCGCAGGCCCUAAUAAUGGAAAGUACGCGACUCUGAGCAAACAGUGUAAAACACUCGAAAGCUCCGAUUUUUACUGAGACAGGCCUGCCUGCAAGGAAUUCCCAAACUUCAUCGGUUUUAAGUUCGAGCAACAGCGCCAACAGCCGGCCCCCUCGCAGCCGCGCACCGCCAACAUCCAGAAAUUCAGCUCGUUGGGGCGCCGCCCUCUGCCGCAAACCCCCGACGAGAAGGCGCGCAAGCAGCCCCCGGUGCCGAAGGUGCCCUCCACGGUGGAGACGCCCCUCAAUCCGGCCAACUUCCGGUCGCUGCAAAGGGGCGCCUGGCAGGACAACACCGGGGUGCAAUUCAGGUCCCUGCAAAGGGGGGCUAGUGCGCAACCCAACCAUUCGCAAUUCAGGUCGGCCAAGAUCCAGGACCAGGCCCACAGCGAGGCCCUCUAUGCGAAUAGCGAAAGCGAGCGCCAAUUGUACGCUGUUACCGAGUUGUAAUUUCAUUUUCUAAUGGGAAAUGCAGGCAGGAAAUUGAUAAAAUAGACUUGAUUUUUGCGUUUUUUUGCAGUGUAAAUACUUGUUGCCCCUUCUUGUGCCAAAUUUGCGAUUUAGUGGCACACAAUACCAACCAAAUGGGAACAAAUUAUUCAAGCACACUAAAUUUGCUCAUGUUCCGUGUCAGGAUAGUCGGUUUAGUGAUACUGCCAUCUAGGUGGUGCUAAGUACAAUGUCACAAUAAGUCAGUUUAAUGGUAGAAGAAAUUUGCGUAAUUAAUUAAAAAUAUUUUACAUAUUAAUGUGAACUUGUAAUGGUGAAAUAGCUGUCUAAAUUUAGAUUUUCUAGGGGUAAUUUUUACCAAACACAGUUUUUAUAAUCAAACAGCUGUUUAUUGGGGGCUUGUGGGGGUGGCUUUGCCACCCGCCUCGUCCACGUUUCAAUUUUUUGUACAUUAUUAUUAUAUUCAUCGUAUUGUUAAGGGAAUAACUGCCAAAGAUUCAUGAUUUGAUGCUUGGAAUAAGACUGGAAGUUCGAAUGAGUGUCUCAUUUAAUAAAUAUUUCAUGUAACUUUACGAUAAAUGUCAAUGUAGGGAUCUUUAUCAAAAAAACUUAUUUUUAAGUUACGGUUUUUCACAUACAUCGACACAGGCCUUGCCUACUUUUCGACUUUUCUAUCAGUUGUGACGCUUCAUAUUUUGUACAUUGUUACAUCACGUGUAAAAAUUGUACCGCAUUAUUUAUUUUUACUGUCUAGAAUUAUUUUUAUGUUAUGGACUGUACCUAUAGUGAAGUUAUGUAAGUAAAUAUCCAUUUUCAGA